AUGGGUGUAAUUUGUUUCGAACUUCUGACCGGGUGCAGUCCGUUCACAGUUGACGGUGCUGCCAACUCCAGCAAGGAAAUUGCCAAAAGAAUAAUAACGAAAAAAGUUCCGUUCCCAAAGAACAUGGAUCCGGAUGCACGCGAUUUCAUUGCGGCUUUACUUGAGAAGAGGCUGGAGAAGCGCCUAGGAUACAAUGGUGUGGAAGAGAUCAAGAAUCAUCGAUUUCUUCGGGAUCUCGAUUGGGACAAAGUCGCCAAACGCCAACUCACCCCUUUUAUCGUGCCUAACCUUACUCAUGAGCUGAUGUGCAAAAUUUUGCUACUGAAUUCACUAAUCAGCCGCCUCUGUACUCACCAGCCGAAUCUCCAGUCAACGGGAAUACGCUUUUCAGGG